AAAAACCACAGCGAAGCAGGCAGGCAGGCAGGCAGCGUACAGCACAAGCCCAGCGAGGCAUCGCAUCCGCCGCUUUGCUUUGCUUUCCGCCGCGGCGCACGGCGACCGAAGAAUUCUAAUUCCUCCUCCCCGAAAAGCGAGAGGCCGAAGCAAGCAUACAGAGGAGGAGUGGAUUCGCCGGCGGCGGCGGCGGCAGAGCGGUUCCAGGGCCUUCCGGAGGGGACCCGCCGCGGCCUCGGUCGGGGCUAUAUAUAAAUGGCGGCCGAGGAGAGCGGCAGCGGCGUUGCGGGAGUGGGAGGAGGGGAAGCGGCGGCCGCUGCCAACGGAGAUCGCUCCGGGAACAGCCCCUCCGCCGCCGCCGCGGUUGCGUCGUCCUCCGCAGUAGAUGACAGAAGCCUCCCUAGAUCAAGCACCAUGCCAGGGGUGAUUAACAAUGAUGAAAUAACCAAUGAACCUGCUGGCCCGUCGAAUUUGGAAAGGUCAAGAACUGAGCGCCGUCGACAAAAUCAUCCAGCUGAUGAUCCCACUAAACAGUUAUUUGAUGAAAGGAUUCCCAUAAAAAAGAAGCUCAAGAUGUUAAAUCGGCUUGCUACAGUGAAAUGUGAUGGAACUGUGGUUGUUGAUGUGCCAAGUGGUCUGGAAUCAGCUCCAGUUGGUGUUGGAACAGAGGAUGACUAUGGCGAAGUCGCCGUUGAGGACUCAUUGGAUGGAGCAGACAUACCGUACAGGCCACCUAUGCAAAUAGUUAUCCUUAUCGUUGGUACACGAGGAGAUGUGCAGCCAUUUGUUGCUAUAGGAAAACGCUUACAGGAUUAUGGACACCGUGUGAGAUUAGCAACUCAUGCCAACUUUAAGGAGUUUGUACUAACAGCUGGCUUGGAGUUUUACCCGCUUGGUGGAGAUCCCAAGAUACUCGCGGAAUACAUGGUGAAGAAUAAAGGAUUCCUACCUUCAGGGCCAUCAGAAAUUCCUAUUCAAAGAAAACAGAUUAAAGAAAUUAUAUUUUCUUUGUCGUCUGCAUGCAAAGAUCCUGAUCCUGACACUGGCAUUCCUUUCAAUGUGGAUGCAAUUAUUGCGAACCCACCUGCGUAUGGACAUACGCAUGUGGCUGAAGCACUAAAAGUACCCAUUCAUAUAUUCUUUACCAUGCCAUGGACGCCAACUAGUGAAUUUCCUCAUCCUCUUUCUCGUGUGAAGCAAUCUGCUGGAUAUCGACUUUCAUACCAAAUUGUGGACUCUAUGAUUUGGCUUGGAAUACGGGAUAUGAUCAAUGAAUUUAGAAAGAAAAAGUUGAAGCUGCGUCCCGUAACAUACCUAAGUGGCGCACAGGGUUCUGGCAAUGACGUUCCUCAUGGAUACAUUUGGAGUCCUAACCUUGUCCCGAAACCAAAAGAUUGGGGCCCCAAGAUUGAUGUUGUUGGAUUUUGCUUCCUUGAUCUUGCUUCCAACUACGUACCUCCAGAAUCACUUGUGAAAUGGCUUGAAGCUGGUGACAAGCCCAUAUAUGUUGGCUUUGGUAGCCUUCCAGUUCAAGAGCCACAAAAGAUGACUGAAAUCAUUGUCAAAGCACUUGAAACUACUGGACAGAGAGGUAUCAUUAACAAAGGCUGGGGUGGCCUUGGAACCUUGGCAGAACCAAAAGAUUUUGUAUAUCUACUGGACAACUGCCCUCAUGACUGGCUUUUUCUGCAGUGCAAGGCAGUGGUGCAUCAUGGUGGUGCUGGAACGACAGCUGCUGGCCUCAAGGCAGCAUGUCCUACAACUAUUGUACCGUUCUUUGGUGACCAACCAUUCUGGGGCGACCAGGUGCAUGCUAGAGGGCUAGGACCUGCACCUAUUCCAGUUGAUCAGUUUGUUUUGCAGAAGUUGGUCGAUGCUAUAAAGUUCAUGAUGGAACCAGAGGUGAAAGAAAAGGCUGUGGAGCUGUCCAAAGCCAUGAAAUCUGAAGACGGUGUGACGGGUGCUGUUAGGGCAUUCCUCAGACAUCUGCCUUCAAAAACAGAGGACGAGAUUCCACCGCCAUCGUCGAGCUUCCUGGAGUUCCUAGGCCCAGUAAGUAAAUGUUUAGGCUGCUCUUAGUACAGAACACAACUAUCACGAUAUACCAUUCCUCCUUGUUCAAAGAAGAGUUGGCAUCGUAUCUUAUGGAUGAUGCUCAUGUUAUUUUGUGCUCAAAGAAUGGUACGCCCAAUGUAAGAAGCUGUGGCCGGGAGAUUCUUCUUCCAUUUUACCAUUUCCUCUUUUCCUUUUUCUGGGUAUUUAAUGUGUAAAGAGUGCUUGCAUGCGGCCCGUAAUUUUGAUGUGCAAGUUUUCCCUUCU